AUGCCUAUUUACUUUACAUUUGUUGGCCUCGUGAUUGCUGUGAGUGGAGUUGGUGGUUAUAAAUGUGCAACUGUUUCCCAUGAGGAUAUGGAUGGGACCCGAAGACAUAUCGAUAUCAAGUUCUUUCAAUCACUUGAAUCCUCCCUAUAUCCUGAUCGAUUCUACCUAUUCAACGGAACAGUUAUUUUGGCUGUUGGGAAAACACCGAAGUAUACAUUGAUACGGAAUUUGGAACUCUUCAAAACUGGAUCGAAUGAUGAUACAAUUCCGAACGAUCCAUAUUUGACUUCAACUGUUACAAUGAUGACAGAUCUAAUUCAUAUCAAUGAGUCGAAUGGAUUAAAGUACUUCGAUGGACAGAUGUACCAAUAUGAUGUUGAAACACGUACUGAUAUACCCUGUCUUUUGACAUUUUUAAUCGAUACAAAAUCACCAUUGUUUUCGAAGCUUUCACCUUACUUAAACUCUGGUAAGGUUUUAGAUAUAGUAUUCAGGUAUCAAUAUGAAUGUGAAGGUGAUCGAGCAUACGGACAUGUACUGCUCAUCAAUUUUGCUCAUAAUCUCAUACCUAGAGAUGAGAAAGCGAGUCUAUUCCAAACGCCGAAAUCAAAACGGAAACCAAUUUUAGGUCCAAUCAAUUCAUCAGCUUCACAGAGUCCAGCGAAGCAGCCCCGUAUUAAAAUUGAAAAGGAAACCACAUCAUGUCUACCGAGUUGUUCCAGAACUGAAAACACUAAAUUGUUGGAUCCGUCUACUUCUUCCAAUUCAAAAGGAUAUUCGAUUCCAAAUCCAAUUCCAUCAGUCGAUGUAGAUUCAAAUCCUACACAAUUGUUUGAUGAUCGUUUAUCAUCAAUACCAGCAGAAACACCUCCAAAUUCUCCAAGUUCGAGCACAUUCAGAAAACCACUUUCAAAAAGUUCAUUCAUCAAUGAGUCUCCAUUAGGUACUCAGAUCAAUCCUCGUAAUAUCGAAACGAUCGAUCUUUCAUCUCUUCCAGAUGAGACUUCUUCGUCUCCUCCAACAGUCAAAGACCGGGAUCAAUUUCAAAUUAUUGAUAAGAUCAAAUCUCGAAGUAUAUCUCCACUUUCUGAAAUAGCCGAGGAAUCACUUCAGGAACAAACAACCGAGUUUGUUCAGCCUGUUGCUAUGGAAAAAGCUGUUGGACGUUAUAGAAGCUCUGGAAGAAUACCUAGUCGCAGUAAAGGGAAAGGAAAAGUCGGAAAUUAA